AUGAGGAAGGGCAAAAGGAAGAAGCAGGAAUCCAGACGCCAUGGUUCCACCUCCCAGCGCACCAGCUCCGAGUCCACCCCGCAGCAGCCCAGCCCCGCAUCUACUCCGCAACAGCCCAGCCCCAGAUCCAGCCCGCAGGAGCCCAGCCCGGCCUCCACCCCUCAGCACUCCGUAAGCACCCCCCGACAGUCUGCGCCCCAGGCUCUCCCAGCUCCUGAAACCAACUCCUCCACCCGGGGCCUGUUACCUCAGGACACUAACACGAAAGCAUCCUCUCGAUCCAGGAAAACAGGGGCUGUGACUCGUGCGGGCCCGCGGGCCUUCUGUUCCUGUUCCACUUGCCCCGGCAGCUCCGCUUGCUGGCGUCGUCUGGGCCUGUGUCACAGCCGCAUCUUUGAUGUCCUCCUUCCUCGGGUCUGGCCCACCAUGCCAGGGAGAGGAUCCCCAAGCCUCCUCACUUUCUACAGAAAACCUACAAGGAAACACUCCACUCAUCGUAAUUCGCGUGCUCCAAGCUCUCGGGACUGCUGCUGUGGUUCUGGGGGCCCUAGGAGCUGCCUAUUACACCACUGAAUCCUUGUGAGCAACCCCCCAGGCCCACGGUCCGGCAGAUCCAGUUUCCAUCAAGGAUCUCUCUUGUCACCAAAAUAGAACAAAAAAAAAAAAAA